AUGAAGUUUUAUAUAGAUGAUUUGCCAGUGCUUUUUCCUUAUCCAAAGAUAUAUCCAGAACAGUACAAGUAUAUGUGCGACAUUAAAAGGACUUUGGAUGUGGGCGGAAACAGUAUCUUAGAAAUGCCCUCGGGAACAGGUAAAACCGUCUCAUUACUAUCUCUCACAAUCGCUUACCAAAUGCACUACCCAGAACACAGAAAGAUCAUAUAUUGUUCUCGUACCAUGUCUGAAAUCGAAAAAGCCUUAGUAGAAUUGGAAAAUCUUAUGGAUUAUAGAACUAAAGAGCUGGGAUACCAGGAGGAUUUCCGAGGUCUUGGCUUGACAUCAAGAAAAAAUUUGUGCCUGCACCCUGAGGUCAGUAAGGAACGAAAAGGUACAGUAGUCGAUGAAAAAUGUCGUAGGAUGACAAAUGGUCAAGCGAAGAGAAAACUGGAGGAAGAUCCGGAGGCCAACGUGGAACUGUGUGAAUACCAUGAAAAUUUGUACGAUAUUGAAGUGGAAGAUUAUCUUCCAAAGGGUGUAUUUUCCUUUGAAAAGCUGUUAAAAUACUGUGAAGAAAAAACGCUUUGCCCGUAUUUCAUUGUUCGUCGUAUGAUUUCUCUUUGUAACAUUAUUAUUUAUUCUUACCAUUAUCUAUUAGACCCUAAAAUUGCCGAAAGGGUUUCCAACGAGGUUUCCAAAGACAGUAUCGUCAUUUUUGAUGAAGCACACAAUAUCGAUAAUGUGUGUAUCGAAUCUCUGUCCUUAGACUUGACAACAGAUGCAUUGAGAAGAGCAACAAGAGGUGCUAAUGCAUUGGAUGAGCGUAUUACUGAAGUCAGAAAAGUCGACUCACAAAAACUACAAGAUGAAUAUGAAAAAUUAGUGCAAGGCCUUCAUUCUGCAGAUAUUCUUACUGACCAGGAAGAGCCAUUUGUGGAAACUCCAGUUUUGCCUUUAGAUCUUUUAAAAGAAGCAAUCCCGGGGAAUAUACGGAGGGCUGAACAUUUCGUUUCAUUUCUGAAAAGGCUGAUAGAAUAUUUAAAGACUAGAAUGAAAGUUCUCCAUGUUAUUUCAGAAACGCCGAAGUCAUUCCUACAGCAUUUAAAACAGUUGACAUUUAUAGAAAGGAAACCUCUCCGGUUCUGUUCUGAAAGAUUAUCAUUACUUGUAAGAACUUUGGAAGUCGCAGAGGUGGAAGAUUUUAAUGCAUUGAAAGACAUAGCAACAUUCGCUACCCUUAUAUCGACGUAUGAAGAAGGGUUUUUGUUAAUUAUUGAGCCAUAUGAAAUUGAAAAUGCGGCGGUUCCAAAUCCAAUUAUGAGAUUCACAUGCUUAGAUGCAUCGAUUGCAAUUAAACCAGUUUUUGAGAAGUUUUCUUCUGUUAUUAUCACUUCAGGAACUAUAUCACCAUUAGACAUGUACCCAAGGAUGUUAAACUUCAAGACAGUUUUACAAAAAUCAUACGCUAUGACUUUAGCCAAAAAAUCGUUUCUACCAAUGAUUAUUACAAAGGGAUCUGAUCAAGUUGCAAUUUCUUCAAGAUUUGAAAUUAGGAAUGAUCCUAGUAUUGUUCGUAAUUAUGGUUCUAUGCUGGUAGAAUUUGCCAAAAUUACACCCGAUGGAAUGGUUGUGUUCUUCCCCUCGUACCUAUAUAUGGAAAGUAUCGUUUCGAUGUGGCAAACGAUGGGUAUUCUUGACGAAGUUUGGAAGCACAAAUUAAUCCUAGUUGAGACUCCAGAUGCCCAAGAGACCUCGCUAGCUUUAGAGACGUAUAGGAAAGCUUGUUCAAAUGGGCGUGGAGCAAUUUUGCUUUCUGUCGCUAGAGGUAAGGUUUCUGAAGGUAUCGAUUUUGAUCAUCAAUACGGCAGAACCGUAUUGAUGAUCGGCAUUCCAUUUCAGUACACAGAAUCACGUAUUUUGAAAGCUCGUUUAGAAUUUAUGAGGGAGAAUUAUCGCAUUAGAGAAAACGACUUUCUAUCUUUUGAUGCAAUGAGGCAUGCAGCCCAAUGUUUGGGAAGAGUCCUUAGGGGAAAGGAUGAUUACGGUGUUAUGGUACUAGCUGACCGUCGAUUUUCACGAAAGAGAAGUCAGUUACCUAAAUGGAUUGCUCAAGGGUUGUCAGAUGCUGACUUAAACCUUUCUACAGAUAUGGCCAUAUCCAGUACUAAACAAUUUUUAAGGACAAUGGCUCAACCUACGGACCCUAAAGACCAGGAAGGCGUAUCCGUUUGGAGCUAUGAUGAUCUAAUAAAGCACCAAAAUAGUAAAAAAGACAAGGGUGGGUUCAUUGAAAGCAAAAAUAAAGGAGAGCAGGACGAAGACGAGGAUAUAGAAAUGCAGUGA